AUGCCGAAACCACUCGCAGCAGAGGUCUACUACACGAAGCACCGCGGCUGGUGCUGGCCCAGCGAUGCGACCGGCUAUCUCUUCAAAGAGACCAUCAUCGUCAAGAGAGGCAAGGAAAAGGUCGUCGUCUCCGCACAUGGGGAAAAGAAGGGCCCCAAGCACCUCUUCCCCGGCACCCAGAUCCUCUCCCACGUUGACCGUCCCUUCAAAACCGUCGGCGGCACCAUGGGACGGCACCGACUCACUACCGCCCAGAGCUUCCUCGACGGCAGCCGCUUCCACGACCAGGCAUUCAUCCUGAGCACAUGGCUCUCGAGAGCGCUCGACGGGUUCUUCCGCACCAUCUUCGCGGACCUGCCUAAGGACGUUCAGGGCCAUGCGACGGAAGUCAUUGGCGCCAUACAAGCUCUGCAGCACGUCCCGGCGAAGCACCACCUGCGCAUCACCCCCGAGUUCCCGUGGCACGUCGAAAGCGUGCUCACGCACACCGGCCUCCCCGCCUUCGAAGACUACGCACAGGACCUCCUGAAACGCAACCUGCACCGCCUCGCCCGGAUCUCGCCGCUCGAGGACGGUGAGUGUGUCGUCUGCAUGGCGCCGUUCCAGCGCAUGGACCCAGAGAGGGUCGCGCUGGUGGGCGACGACAGCGUUGUCGAGGAGGGCGAGGUCGACGAAGAGGGCGUGGAGGCGCCGCCCGCUGUCUACCCGGAGACUGAUCCUGACCUCGCGCAUGUGGCUGUCUGCUUGCCUUGUGGGCAUGCGCUGUGCAGGCUCUGCUUCGUGCUGCACAUGUGGAGGGAGCAGAAGGGAGGGGUGCUGGAGUGCGAGGGUGAACGCUCUCUUGCUCGCCUCGGCCGUCGCCUCGUUCGCCGCGAGCGCCAGACAGCUCCCAGUCACUCUCAAGCGCCCUUCACCGGCAGACCUGCUAUUCCUCAGCCCGAAGACGACGUGACUCUUAUUCGCGAUGUCACUGGUCUCAUCGUAAUUUUUGACGCGCCCUACUUCCUCCAUCUUCCUGAGGAGCGCCUGCAUACCGCUGUCCUCUGCAGAUGGUUCGCCGCUGGCCUCGUCCAUGCCAUGCUUCUCGAAAAGGCCGGUCCCUACGACCAUGUCUUGCUGUCACCAUUCCUCAUCUACGCGUUCAGGCGAAUACUUCCAGCCAUCAGCAGUGAUGUUCUCAACGGUGCCGCCUACACGUAUUACAUGUUGGAGUUGGACCAAUUCACCGAGUGCCCAACAAGACUUCAGGAGGAGGGCUCGCGCUCGUGCCCCAUUUGCGCAGGUACGUUCAACAGCCGCAUCCAUAUGGCUGUUCGCAUGAGGUGUUGCAACACUCUCGUCUGCACCAAGUGCACGGCCAUGGCCCACCAGCUGCGCAAGGUGCCGUAG